UUAUAUAGAAGGGAGACAUGGCGGCAGCGGGAGCUUCCCUGACUCAGAGGGUGGCUGAGGGGAGUGCAGGAGCUGACGGAGCGAUGGGCGAGAAGGCGCUGCCGCUGGUAUAUAAGCGGUACAUCUGCUCCUACGCGGACUGCAACGCUGCCUAUAACAAGAACUGGAAGCUGCAGGCGCAUAUGUGCAAACACACGGGAGCGAAACCGUUUCACUGUAAGGCAGAAGGAUGUGAUAAAGAAUUUACCAGACUCUAUCAUUUAACCCGUCAUUCACUCUCUCAUAGUGGUGAAAAAAAUGUCAAAUGUGAAUCAGAAGGAUGUGAUUUAAAGUUUUGUACAAAGGAAAUCAUGAAAAAGCACUUUAACAGAUUUCAUAGUCCCUCAAGCUGCAUCUAUGUGUGCCAUUUUGAGAACUGUGGCAAGAUGUUCAAGAAACAUAAUCAAUUAAAGGUUCAUCAGUUCACUCAUACACAACAGCUGCCAUACAAGUGUACUCAUGAAGGAUGUGACAUGAGAUUUAAUGUGCCUUCUCGUUUAAAACGCCAUGAAAAAGUCCAUGCAGGUUAUCCCUGCAAAAAAGAUGACACUUGCUUGUUUGUUGGAAAGACGUGGACUUUGUACUUGAAACAUGUAGCAGAAUGCCAUCAGGAGCCUCUAGUUUGUGAUGUGUGUAAGAGAAAAUUCAAGCACAAAGAUAUACUGAAGGAUCAUAAGAAAAUUCACGAAAGAGAGAGAACAGUGUAUCGCUGCCCUCGAGAUGGCUGUGACCGGACAUAUACUACUGCAUUUAACCUCCAAAACCAUGUACUGGUAUUCCAUGAGGAACAGAAACCUUUUGCUUGUGAGCAUGCUGGCUGUGGGAAAACUUUUGCCAUGAAACAAAGCUUGGAAAGGCAUUCUGUUGUACAUGAUCCAGAGAAGAGGAAGCUAAAGGAGAAAUGCCCCCGUCCAAAAAGAAGCCUUGCCUCUCACCUUUCUGGAUAUAAGCCCCCCAAGGGCAAAAAACAAACUGCAGCAGAUAAAGGAACAGGAAAGACUGGUUCUUGUGGGAAAGAUAAGCCCUCUGACACUGAAAAAAAUGGCUCCUUGGUUCUAGAGAAAUUAACUUUACAAUAAUUCUGUAAGAACACAUUGAAGAAUAAUUUUUGUUAAAAUUGCCUCAGGAUGGUUAACCCAUUUUUGUGGGUUUCUUAUUUAUAAACGGAUGUUCUUUUUCUUUUACAGUUCUUCUGUAUAAAUGUUCUCUUUUCUGCUAUAACACAAGGAAUCUGUUCCAGACACAUUAGCCAGUAUUAGCCAUGCCUACAGGUAAAGGCACAGUGUUAAUGGCUACAUUCCACUACCCCAUUUUGCUAUUAAAAGUGAGGUGCAGCAGUA